AAAAUCACACGCUUGUGUGAAGUUGCGUAGUUGGUUGGGGACUGGGGUUUCUUUCGCCCUCAGUGCAGAUUUGAGUGAGCGGAGGUUCGAGUGUCCUGGUUUUGCAAUUUAGCAACGAGCGGAGAAGCAGCUCCUACCCAGCCGAAGCGACUGAUCUCUGGACGCAUUUUCCCCGGAUUCCUACGAGAUUUCCGGUCAUUAGAUCGUCUGCGAUGUCACUGUUCCUUGGUAAUCUGUCAUCCCGCAUUCGCAGAGAUGAACUUGAACGCAUUUUUUGGAGAUUUGGACGAUGUAGGGUGCAGCUGAAAGAUGGAUAUGGGUUUGCAGUAUAUGAAUUUCCACCAAAUGCAGAUAAAGCACUCAGAGCACUUCGUGGCAAGAACAUAUGCGGGGAGCCGGUUACUCUUUCAUGGUCAAACAAACAGCCUAGGCCCUUUCAGAGAUUUGCAAGAGGUGCUAGAUCCUAUGAGCCACAAUAUGUGAGGAGCACUGGUAGAGGAGAAGGUUAUGUUGAUCGGAAAUUGGGUCCAGGUGGCCGACGAGAUGACAAAGUGGGUAUCAAGCAGCCAGAUAGUGAUGAUGGGAGGCUUAUUUCUGCCGACAUGAUUGAUGAAGAGGUAAGAUAUCAUCAAAACAAAGUUAAAGAUUAUAUCAGUGAAAAACAUCAUGAUGUUGCGAAGGAUUAUCUGGAUGAAGUUGGCAAUGUUGAUCUCAACCUGGCGGACAAUGAUAGGUGGGGUCAACAGGUAGGUGAGCCAUCAAUUAGCAAUGGGGUUGAAAAUGGAAUGGAAUUUGACCGAUAUGAUCCUUAUCAUAGUCAUGAAAAGAGAGAUGAAAAUGAAAAUGAUCAGAUUAUUUAUUCUGGUGGUUCUCCUAAUUUAGAACGCCCUCAAGAGAGAACGGGUGAAGAGGAGACUGGUGUGGUAAAUUUGAGCGGUCCUGAUAAUCGAAAACCCCAACGAGCUUGCUAUAUUUGUGGAGAAUCAGGUCACAAAAUGCGUAAUUGUCCCCGAGAUAAUGCUUCUCGGAGAAAGAAAUUUACCAGGUUUGAUCGUAGGCAAGAUGAUGAACUCAACUUUAGAGGCAGAGGUGAUGGUGAGCUCGAGAGAUUUCACUCCACUUCACGGGGUGGGCUGCCAUUGAGUAGGAAUGCUGUACCAGUGAGGCAAUCUCGAAAUGAUAGGAAGGCAUCUGGUUCAGGAAAGCAUCAAAGGUUGUUUAGGAGUGGUGGUUCCCUUGGGAUAAAGGAAAGUUACAAGGCUGCAAGAAAGGACUCUGGACGAAAGAAGCGAAGUAGGCGGGAAAAUGGAACUCCAAAAAGACCUCACGCAAAGAAGCCAAGGAGAUCAGCUUCAUCAUCUUCUCUUUCUGAUUAUCCUGCAUCUAGAUCACACUCACAUUCACAGUCCUCAAGGUCUAUGUCAAGGUCUAUUUCUCAUUCUAGAUCAAGAUCAAUAUCCUCCAGAACAGGUUCUUCACCUGCUAAUUCCAGGUCCAGUUCAAUGUCACACUAUUCAAGGUCUCAGAGUUUUAAGUCCAGGUCAAAAUCAAGCUCUCCUACUUCAUUGUCUUUAUCUGUAUCACUGGGACGACCUUUAUUAUCUUCUCCAAAUAAGGUGCCCCUAAAUCUGAAAGACUCUUCUGACAAUGAUACUACUCCGGAAUCGAAGGAAGUCUUGCUUGAACAGCGACAACCAGUAGAACCUAAUGCAGCACCAGAGAAUUCUAAAAUUGAAAAUUCAAUGAUGAUGGCAAAAAAUGAAAAUGCAAUGUCAUCCUUUAAAGUAGAGUAUAACAUGGAUAAGGACCAUCCUCUUCAGAAUGAUGUUAACAAUAUUUGUGCUGCGUCAAUGAUAUUGUAUGAAGGACAUGAUGCAUCUCCACCUUUCCUAGGGAAAGAUGCUUUUAUUGCUGGGAGUUUAUCUCCACAGAGUAUGAAGGAAAAAAAAGAACUCAAAGAUUCUAGUGACAUGGCAAUGGAACAAAUUCCAACUAGAAAGCUUGAUUCAGUAGUCCCCUUGAGCUCCUGCAUUCGCAAUUCAACAAUCAUAUCCUCAGAGGAGAUGUACAUGGUUGUGAAACACUAUGGUCUGGAACACCCUGAAGAAAAUGGAAGGCAUUUAGCUGUGGAGAAUUACUUUGGUUCUGCUCGCAUGUGGCCUUGGGAGAUCAUUUAUUAUAGGAGGCUGAAAAAGGGUCCUUUAUCUGUUGAGAACUAUGCCCGGCGGAUUGCUCAGAAUAGAGAAUUUGGUAUUGUUGACAAGUAUGUCAGAAGCAGCAGUGGGUGGGGAGAACUGGGUCAAGACAACUGUUGAAGGGUUUCUUGACUUGAUUUCUGAUCCUAUACUUUGUUCCCAUAGAACUCAACUUGUUUUGUAUCCUUUUUUUUUUGGUUUUCCUUUUGAUAAUAUUGAUUUUCUUGGACUUCUCAUGCACGUUUCUGGCAGAUUUCUUGUAGUGAAGCUUUGAAAAGAUGGAUUUGCAAAACAUGUUGCAUUUGUUUUUUGGUCUUAUGCAUAAUUGGUGGACUUGUAUAAGCUUGUUCUCCUCUUCCCUCUUGAACAGUGUAGUUUGCUACAGAAAAGGAGGGCAAACUCACCCUAUAAACUAUUUCAGGCCAUUCAGUUUUCUAGCUUUACUCCAAGUAUUUGUCCCUUUCUUGUAGGGCACUUUUACCAAAGUACCAUCAUAGUUUCACGCAACUACACAGCUAGAGUUUGCUUUUCCCUCUUUUUUUUUUAAUUAGUCCUCGCUUUUUAUUAGAUUAGUCAAAACCCAAGUUUUUUAAAUGUGUUACUGGAUGAGAUGGUCAGUUCAACACAGAUUUGCUUAAAAGCUGUGGGGGAGUGUUCUUUAGAAACCAUAGGCAAGAAGUAGACAAGCUACACCGACAGUAGCAGCCUAUGUCAUGCUUGGAGAACAACCAGCAGAAGAUCUUGCACUCCAUGUGGAAUUGGCAUGCAAAAUGUUGAAUGAACUUCUUGAUGUGCCUUCACGCGUGAAGGCUGGCAUUAAUCAUGACAUUGACACAGUAGAAAUCCAUCGAAGAGAAUUUGAUGACCUUGUCAAUGUAAACUCACUUUUUACAAUGGCUGUGUUUGUUGGCUUAUCGUUUGCUUCCCCAGGCCAGUUGCACAGCCUGGAAAACUGAUCUGUCUGCUACCCAGCCCCAGGGAUGGCCAGGAGGCUCAUUAUAUUUGAGGUGAUUUUCUUCACCUGCUUCCUCUUAUCGAGUAGCCAAGACCCUAAAGGUCCUACUCGAUAUCAACCAAUGCAAAUAUUUCAGAGAUUGGCAGUCCAUGCGUUGGAGGGGCUGUAUACUGCCCUUAUCGUUGAUGGCCUCGUUCCUGGGGAUUGUGUUUUGGACACUUACCAUGAUUAAUUUCGUCCAGAUAAGGUUGGAAAAGCUGUCUUGUGGGAGUGUGCACGCCGUGCAAGCGGUGGCACCACCUCUCUGCAAUUGUUUUGCUUGCUCUAGCCAUCUAUGUACCCUCUUCAGUGAAUGCUAUAUGGAUUCCUGUGAAGCAUGUCCAAUCAAAGAGGAAGACCAGCUCGACACAGAAAUCUGGGGGAUAAUUUCUGCGCAGCGUCUAUGUUGGCAAAAAAUAAUCAGAGAAAUGUGUGUCCUUGCGCUUCCAUGCAUACUUGGAUAUGUUUGUAUUCCUGUGUUAAACAGGUCUAUAUGUUAGCUUCAGCGUACGGCAGGCAUGUGUUUGUCUACUGGUGUCUGGUUGUAUAUCUUCUUAGUUCCUAGUUUUUAAUAAUAAUAAUAAUAAUAAUAAUUAUAUGUUUUUAAUUCUGAGAUUGCAGGACAAUCAUUCUGCUAGAAGCAAGAUAUUGUUUCAACUUGUGUAGGAGUUUGAAAUUUGAAUUGGAAAUAUAUGGAAAGACUUAUUUAUUA